CUUCUCCGGAUUCAAACGGCAGCCUCCGCCCCUGCGCCUUCAGCUCCUCCUGCCUUGGCGAGCUCGGCUCCGGCGGCAGCUUUCUCCUUCCCGGCUGCCUGCGUGAUUGCGGCCUCAUGUCCGCGCCCUGGGGAACGGGACCUCCACUUUGACUUGAACAAGGUCCCCCAGUCUGAAGGCCUUCACUGUAUCAACUCUGCUACCUAGGAGUCCUGUUUAUAGAGCUUUACAAAUUCACCCAUACACAGCAUCAGACAACUGAAUAAUAUGCCAAAACAGGUGAAUGGCCCAAAGAGAGAUCCUGCCAUCCAGAAUGAGCUCAAUGACUCAUUCAAAGAAGAGGUUAAAGCUUUUCUGAGUGAUGAAGAUAAACUGCAUCUCUUAGAUGACCUUACCAAAGUUAAUCCUGUAACCACAACAACGGUACUGAAAUGUCUGCAAGCAAGGUACACAGUAGAUGUGUUUUAUACAUAUGCUGGCUGCAGUCUUGUGGCCGUAAAUCCAUUUCAACCUAUCUGUCGCCUCUAUUCGCCUGAGCUUAUGAAAGAGUACCACGCUGCACUUCGUCCUCAGGAGUUGAAACCUCAUAUCUUUGCUGUGGCUGAACAGACCUACAGAAAUGUUGAAAGCCAGAUUGAACCAAUAAACCAGUCUAUAAUUGUUAGUGGUGAAAGUGGUGCUGGAAAGACUUGGACUUCCCGAUGUCUUAUGAAAUUUUAUGCUACUGUUGCUGCAUCAUCUACCUCUCCUAAAGGCAAUGAAACAGUGGAGAGGAUAGAGAAGAGAGUGCUGGACUCCAACCCUGUUAUGGAAGCUUUUGGAAAUGCAUGUACUCUUCGGAAUAACAACAGUAGCCGUUUUGGAAAAUAUAUCCAGCUUCAAUUAAACAGAUCACAACAUCUGACUAGUGCUUCCAUCCAAACAUUUCUAUUGGAGAAAACCAGAGUUGCUUAUCAGGCUCCACGUGAAAGGAACUUCCAUAUUUUUUAUCAGAUCACAAAAGGUGCCACAAAGGAUGAAAGACUGGAAUGGAACCUGCCUGAGGGUGCCAAUUUCUUCUGGCUGCCAAAUUCUGAAAGAACGCUGGAAGAGGACUGCUUUGAGGUGACCAGAGAGGCAAUGUUUCACUUGGGCAUUGACAACUCCACACAGAACAAUAUUUUUAAGAUAUUAGCAGGACUUCUACACCUUGGUAACAUUCAGUUCUCUGAUUCAGUGGAUGAAUCCCAGCCUUGUGAACCAGAAGAUAAUGCCAAAGGUUUUGUGAAGACCACUGCAAACUUGCUAAAAGUAUCUGUAGAGGAGCUGCUGGAAACACUAAGAAUUCGAACUAUAACUGCUGGAAAACAGCAACAAGUCUUCAAGAAGCCAUGCUCCAGAUCAGAAUGUGAAACAAGAAGAGACUGCCUGGCUAAAGUUAUCUAUGCUAAAUUAUUUGACUGGCUGGUUUCAAUGAUAAAUGGAAGCAUCUAUGCAGAUUCACUUGUGUGGACCAACUUUAUAGGUCUAUUGGACGUUUAUGGUUUUGAAUCUUUUCCUGAAAACAACUUGGAACAGCUCUGUAUUAACUAUGCCAAUGAGAAACUACAGCAGCACUUUGUAGCACACUAUCUGAAGGCACAACAGGAAGAAUAUGCAGCAGAAGGUCUAGAAUGGUCUUUCAUAAACUACCAGGAUAACCAGAGCUGUCUAGAUCUGAUAGAAGGAAGCCCUGUCAGCAUCUUUUCUUUGCUGAAUGAGGAGUGUCGCCUGAACAGGUCCUCUAACGUCAGCCAGUUCCAAACCCGAAUUGAGAACGCUUUGUCUAAUAACCGGUGUAUAAGCCGGGACAAGUUUAGUAAGAAGCCUAACUUUGUUGUUUCCCAUUAUGCUGACAAAGUCUGUUACCAAGUGGAAGGUAUGGUGGAGAAAAAUAGGGACCCAGUUCCACUGGAGUUACUCCAGCUUCUGAAGAAUUCCCAAGACUGCUUGCUUCAGAAGUUCUUUCCCAUGACAGAAAAGAGACCGAAUGAUACCAAAACCCAGAACAGAGCAGCAGUUGUUACAGUGGUCUCCAAGUUCAAGGGUUCACUCGAACGUCUGAUGCAGAUCUUGCAUAGCACUACACCUCAUUACAUCAGAUGCAUCAAGCCUAAUGCUGAUUGCAAGGCAGUGACUUUUAAAAAAGAGGAGGUUCUCAGUCAGCUUGAAGCAUGUGGCAUAGUAGAAACUAUCAGCAUCAGUGCAGCUGGAUUUCCUAUUAGGGUCUCCUUCCAAAGUUUUAUUGAGCGUUAUAAAGUGCUGAGAAAAUCACGUACAUCCAAUACAGUGCCAGAUGAAAAUGGUUUCUCUCCUGCUAAGAAGAAAAGAGGUUUGACUCCAACAACAAAUAACGAUGAAGAGUUACGCUUUGUCAUCCAUGAUAUUCUUCAGAAAAUGACGGUGGGACACAGUGCUGUUUCCGUUAAGCAAACAGAGACCAAAUCAAACAACUCUUCCAUGUACUGCGGAAAAACCAAAAUCUUUAUGACUAAUUCCAUGCUAGAACAACUUGAAGCUAGAAGAGCAGCAGUAUUAUCUGAGAAAGCAUUUUGCAUUCAGUGUUGCUGGAGAAGAUUUAAGCAGAGGAAGCUAUCAAAGCAGAGCUGGUCUGCUACCAUCAUCCAGGCUGCUGUUCGCUCCUGGUUCGCAAAGAAACAUUUCCAAAGAAUGCGCCGGGCUGCUACUGUUAUAAAGCAUGCGUGGAGGAAAUGGAAAGCAAGGAUGGAUGUGCUAGCAGCAAAGGAGCUGGAUUACACUGAAGAAAAACUCCAUUCCUCUGUUCCUGGUGCUACCAUUUUCUUAGACCGGUCACCUAGUCCACUGGAAAAGACUUGGCCUCUAAGUGCAAUAAUCCAGUUCUGGCCUCUUGGACUAGUUCUAUCUACUGCACCUGUUACAGUGGCUGGAUUUCGAAGAGACCCGUCCCUUCUGGCAUGCUUGAAAAUACUUCAUCGGCACAAUGGUUACAAAGUGGAGAGCAAUCUGUUUGGCUGCGGUAUCACCUCCAUUAGAGCACUCCCACAGGGCUCUGUCAAGUUUCACUGCAAGAAGUCUCCACUACCUCAUGCAAACAUCAGUCCACAUAACCCAGCCUGUAUGAUCACUGGAUUCAACCAAAUCUUACUAGAUAGGAAAAAACUGCUCACUACGUAAUGUGGACUUUUGGCCACCUUAAAUAUUUAUUGCACUUUUUCCUUCAAGGAAGGACUUCUUUCAAGCUGCUGCUUCUAAAUGUUUUAAUCUAUCUACAAUAUAUUCCCGCAUGAGACAGAUCAAUUUAAAAAUAUCUGCUGCUACCCUGGAGCCUUGAUUUCCCUCCCCCCAUAGUCGCAUAUGUAAGUAUAUGGUUACAGGUAUAUUGAUCGUUAGCACAGAUUUCUUACUUUCUCCUAUAGAUAAUGGAGGAAGUGGUUAAUACCAAGAAAACACUACAGUAGGACUACAAAGAAAUCACAACAACCUUUAAUAGAACUACAAUAUCUUUGGGGGAAAUAAUUGAAAAAACUCUAUGAUCUAAUAUAAAAUAUCCUUUCAGCACUCCCCCAUACAGGGAAAAGUAAGAGGGCAACAGUGAGUUUGGUUUUUUUUUCCAAGGAAUCUGAACACUACUCAUUUUUUCCCCUCUGGAGGCAAGCAUACAGCUGUUUACCUCAAAUAGCACUAAAAUUCAGCAGGUUGCUAAUGCUUAUGAAUAAAAUGCAAGAAUUGGUGGGGCUUAAUGCUGGACACCGCUGUCUCAGGAAAAGUGAGGUAAGACUGGGCUCAAUGUUUCUGACCAGCUGAAGAAAAAUUAACAUGCUGCUUUUAAGCAGUUAGAUUGUAUUUGUCCAAACUCAGAUGUAGCAUAUGAGUUCCAUCCCCUUGGUGCUGCUAAGCUCCAGCACCCCUCACUGUUGCAUCCAUCUCCAGCAUUAGGCUCACAUGUUGUGUAGGAGCAGAAGUGGUUCUUAGCAUGGGAACCUUUAGCGUGAUAGAGAAAAAUGGCUCUUUCUUCUUACUUGACAUGAGGCAGGGAAAUGUAUGUUUGUUUUUCUUAUCUUAUGUACAUGACAUUUUAAUAAAUUUAAAUAUCUUG